UUGGUGAAGGGCCCCCUUAAAACACAAAGAGCGGGCGGGCGUGGGCUCGUGUGAGGUGACGGCGCCAGGGCAGGCUGGGUGGUUCGAGUCACAGUCGCGGUCAUUGUAAUGUCGGGCACCCGAGCGGCGACGGCCGCGUCCAACGACCGCGCCCCUCAUCCCACUGCAGCUGGGGGCGGCCUGAAGCGGCUGCGGAGCGAACCGGGCGGCAACCGGGUGACGGUGGUCUUGGGCGCGCAGUGGGGGGACGAAGGCAAAGGCAAGGUGGUGGAUCUGUUGGCCACGGAGGCCGACUUCGUCUGCAGGUGCCAGGGUGGAAAUAAUGCAGGCCAUACCGUGGUUGUUGAUGGAAAGGAAUAUGAUUUUCACCUCUUUCCUAGUGGUAUAAUUAAUCCCAAGGCAAUUUCUUUAAUUGGGAAUGGGGUGGUUAUACAUUUGCCAGGCUUAUUUGAAGAAGCUGAAAAAAAUGAGAAAAAAGGUUUAAGAGACUGGGAGAAAAGACUCAUUAUAUCAGACAGAGCACACAUUGUGUUUGAUUUUCACCAGGCAGCUGAUGGACUUCAAGAGGUGCAGCGGCAAGCACAAGAAGGGAAAAACAUUGGCACAACCAAGAAAGGGAUUGGACCAACCUAUUCUUCCAAAGCAGCGCGGACAGGACUUCGGAUAUGUGAUCUUCUUUCAGACUUUGAUGAGUUUUCUUCAAGAUUUAAGAAUCUGGCUCACCAGUACAAGUCGAUGUUUCCUUCCUUAGAAGUUGACACAGAAGGGCAACUGAAGAAACUAAAGGGCUAUGCUGAAAAAAUAAGACCAAUGGUCCGAGAUGGUGUUUAUUUUAUGUAUGAAGCACUGCAUGGCUCUCCAAAGAAAAUUCUUGUGGAGGGUGCCAAUGCGGCACUACUUGACAUUGACUUUGGCACAUAUCCUUUUGUGACAUCAUCAAACUGCACUGCGGGCGGUGUAUGUACCGGGCUUGGCAUUCCUCCUCAGUAUAUUGGAGAAGUAUACGGUGUAGUGAAGGCCUACACAACAAGAGUUGGAAUUGGAGCCUUUCCCUCUGAACAGAUAAAUGAAAUUGGAGACCUCUUACAGUCUCGAGGCCAUGAAUGGGGAGUGACCACAGGCAGAAAAAGGCGCUGUGGCUGGCUAGACCUUGUCAUUUUGAGAUAUGCUCAUAUGAUCAACGGAUUCACUGCUCUGGCAUUAACAAAACUGGAUAUUCUGGAUGUCUUUGAUGAAAUCAAAAUUGGUGUUGCUUAUAAGCUGGGUGGGAAAAGAAUUCCAUAUUUUCCAGCCAACCAGGAAAUACUGCAGAAAGUGGAAGUGGAGUAUGAAACGAUGCCAGGAUGGAAGACUGACACAACUAGUGCCAGAAAAUGGGAGAACCUUCCACCCAAGGCCCAAAAUUACAUUCGGUUUGUGGAGAACCAUGUUGGGGUGGCAGUGAAAUGGGUUGGAGUUGGAAAAUCAAGGGAAUCGAUGAUCCAGCUCUUUUAAAGACACAAAGAACUUUGGUGCCAAGAAACACAGUUGAUUGUUCAUCUGUUCCUUUCUGUUCCCAAACUCAGAUGAAGAUGCUGUUGAAAUCACAAUGUUCUUCCUAGACUAUGAUUAGGCAUGCCUUGUACUUGUUAUAUUUUCAAAUAUAUAUAUAUAGGAUUAGUAGGAACAUAGAAAUAAGAACAGAAAUUUUUGGGAGGGGAAUCUUAAGGUCACAUUUGAAAAGUGCCAAACCUACUGGAAUUAUUUUUACAAUCUGCUACCAAUAAUGAAAUUUAUUCCCGAUUGUAGAAGGCGUAAUCAGGAUGUUCCUAUUCCUGUGUCAGGAAGCAAUAAAAUGGCAGUGCACGAUGUUUGUUGCCUUUAAAAUUCUACCAGCUAUGGAGCACUGUACUUGCAUGGAAACCAGCAGUUUCAAGUCCAGCAGUCAAAGCUAACAAUGUUAACUUGGAGCCUAUACUUUAAAAAAAUGAAAAUUCUUCAAAUAUAAACAGAGAAGAGAAGCAAAAGAGGUUAUAUCAUGAGAGGAAAGAGACCAGUAUUCUGUCAUUUUUUGGCAGUGUGUCAAACUGGAGAUGACUGACUAACCUAGGGGAUAAAGAGCUUCCCUUUAAAUGUUUCCCAGUAGGCACUGCACAUGAAGCCCUUCAGAGAUGCUGCUUUCGUGCUCCAUUGUGCAGUAAGCAUGAGGUCAAAAAAACCACAGCCAAGUUAGAAAAUGCACUGGAAUGGAAGUUAGUGCAACAUCUUGCAGUGCACCACUACACAGACAGUGUGUGGCUUCACUAAAUGCUUCAUUAUAGUAGAUCACCAGUCUUGGACCCUAUGUUGCCAAGCCAUCCUUGCCACUGCUCUGCUUGAUCUGCAGCAGAAUAAAUGGAUGGCUUUAAAACAGGAUUAGACAAAUUCAUGGAGGAUGAGUCUACUGACCCUGAUGGCUGUGUUCUACCUCCACUGUCAGAGGCAGUCUACUUCUGAAUGUCAGUUGCUGGAAAGCGCAGGAGGGGAGAGUGCUGUUGUGCUCAGGUCCUGCUUGUGGGCUUCCCGUAGGCAUCUGGUUGGCCACUGUGAGAACAGGAUGCUGGACUGGAUGGGCCAUCUGCCUGAUCCAGCAUGCCCUUACGUUAAUUAGAACUGCUCCAUCAGUGUUUCAAAUAAGGAAUGCAGAACUGUUGUGGCUUAUUCUAUGGAGCUGUGCUAUUUUGGAGUACGGUGCAGUUCUUUAAGAUACAAGGAAUGUCUCCAGUCCCAGCAAAAUAAGUGGCAUUCACAAAGGAGGGGUCCUGUUGGUUUAUCUGGAGCGGCAGAGUUUGUUUUGUGUUUUUGGUUUAUUGGCAGUAGUUAUCCAUAUGAGGAAGAAUGUUUAGUCCUUGGAUCUGCUGCUGCCUGUCUCAUGAAUGAAUGGAUGGAUGGAUUUAUUUCGGUCAAAGACCAGGCCUGUCUCCUGGUUUUUUUUAAAAUGGUGAAUUGUGCCUUUGCAACCACAUGUUCCCCAUUUGUAUGAGAGAGAGUAUUGUGGGGCGCUGAAGUGCCAAAUUGGAAUGAAAUAUGGUGAAUGUUGGUCGAGUGCUCUUAUAAGUUCCCUGCUUCAAGUAGCAAAGGUUGUGUCAAAUUUGAAAUGGAAGAGCAUCUACAGGAAAGAGAUACUCCUCACAUGGGGGGGGGAGGUGGAAUUAGAGAAACUCAGUUUGGUAUUGUUAUGCCACCGGUGGUAUUCUGCUAAUCAGCAGGAGAACUGCAACCAUUGUGAGGAUUAGAACAGACUGACUGUCCUAAUGUGCUGAUCAGCCUCUUAGUCUAGACACAGGUCCCCAUAGUUGCUGAGAAGGCUGGACAGUUUGAGGGGGAGAAGGAUAGGUCCCACAGCGAUGAGCAGACUACCAUGUUUCUCCUUGUAGUCCCCACAUACAAACCAAAGAAUGUAUCGCAACCUCUGAGCUGUUGCUACUACUACUACUUAUGUAGAAUUACCCUUUUUUGUGAUCUUGGUUCUCACCCACCUAUAAAUGGGGAUGAAGAUUAUGGAAGUCAUCUUUCCCAGUCCUGGAAAGUAUUAACUGGCAGGAAUAGUAUGUAGAGCUUUCCACUAGUUCUCAACACACUGAUGGUAUGAUUUUUGUUGUGCAGUCUGUCCCGCUUACACCAGCACUUCAGAAGCGGAGACAGAUUGUUUUGUUUUGAGAGAGAAAGAGAGAGAUCUUAAAUGUAAGCGUAUGUUUUUAUAUUUCUAACAAGUAUUCUGUUUAGGGCAGAAUUGACCAGGAUAAGGCUCAUAGACUGCAUAUUGCCUUAAGAACCUCCACAUGGCAUAUGUACUUCUGCUGAAAUCCUGAGUUCUACUCGUUUAGUUUUUGUACCAGGAUGAUAGCUCUACAGACAUACUGAUGUGUGCGCACACACAUGUCCCUUGGGAGCAUAAACUGUCCCCUUCGUAGAACUGUCUGGGCAGCUCUGCAAAUCUUUCUUUCCAGGAGAGUGGUCACCAACACUGGAGUUAACAGAUGAAAUUUUGUACAACUAGAAACUGUGCACAUGCUGGUUUGUUUCAAACAAGGCAAUAUUUUGCUUUCAAACCUUAAUAUGUCCAGAACAUUUAUUUGUGUUCUUCUAACUUGCAAUGUAGAGAACUGGUGUAGGCUAAUGGCAAAGAGACUCAGCUGCAAAUCAGUCCCUGAUUUGAAUCAUACAUUUGCCAGGAAUUCACUAGUUGGCCACUGUUAUCUGAUUAACAAGAUUUUAAAGAAAGCAGCUAAGGUGUGGGGCAGCUGGGUUCUCCCGUAUUUUUUUUUAGUGUGUGUGGCCUUCCCCCUCCCCAAUCCAGUUGUCUUUAACAGCUUGGAAAUGUAGGUCACAGUUUAGUUCUUCAUAACUAGUAGGAACUCAGGAACAGAGAACACUGCCUUGAUGCUUACUGCCUUCUGCUAAAUAGUUACGAUGGUUGCAAUUCAACACAGGGUUAAACACACCUAAGCCAAAUAAAAACCAAUGUGCUUUGGUGGGGCAGGGCUGGAUUGUGACCAAUGCCUUUCCUGUAAUUACUUGGAGCCAGAGAAGUAUAUUUGCUUGCACAAGGACGUCUGUUGCUAAUUUUUCCUUUUGAUGGCAUCAGGGCCGGUUCUAAAGGGCGGCCAGGUUGGGCACUGGCCCAAGGGCCCUGGAGCUACAGGAGCCCCUGAGGGGCCCUUUACUCCCCUUCCGUGAUCUGUGCCCCCCCCCACACCCCCCACUUACCUGUCAGCUGGCUUUUUAGCAUUGCCCUUAAUGAAGAUGGCGGCCACAGCUUCCCUAAGGUACUGAAGCCGCUGCCGCCAUCUUAGUUGAUGGCAGAGAUGUGCAUGCAUAGCAUGCACGUGUGCCAUCAACAAAGAUGGCGGCGGAGGCUUCAUUCCCCUUAGGGAAACCGCGGCCGCCAUCUUCAUUAAGGGCAAUGGUAAAGACUAGACAGGUAGGGGGGCGUGCACAGGGGGGCCCCGUGCAUACGCACCCACCCACCCACCCACCAGCAGCCCAGGGCAAGCUGAUGCCCAAGGGCCCCCACAUGCCUGGAGCCGGCCCUGGAUGGCAUCCUCUCAUGGGGGCUGCUUUUGGAAGGGACAGCUUGAAAACCCCUGUGGGCAAGCAAAAGCAAUUAUUUACAUCUCUGGAUCCGAAACAAUGUCUCUGCCUCAGUUUUGCCAGUUGUAACAUGAUAGGUAAUACUUGCUUACCUAUCUCAUGUAGACAAAGUAGGCUCUAGCCCGCCCUUAUACUGUGAUAAACUUGUUAGUUUCUAAAGGGCCGCAGGAUUCUCUGUGUUUAUUGCAACAGACUUCACUGGAAUGCCUUGUGUAAGUUUAUUUGAGAAUCCUGAUAGGCCUCAUCCUUAUGAGAACUUAACUUUCUCUCAUAGAUCAUGUUGACUUAAUUUUGAGAUUUUAAUAUUUUAUAAAAGCCUUUGUAAAAGUACUUUUAAUUGGCAUGGAUCUAAGAGGACCACUGCCAGUCAGUUUGCAUUUCUGUCAGAAAUGACCAAGGAUUCUUCCCUUAACCCACAGUGCCUCAGCACAUAGGCACUUGAACAAGUUCAUUAAUGUGGCCUUUUACCCUGCAGCUACCAAGAUUUGAUCUAUAAUAAGUUGGCAGUUACUCACUGACUGAACCCAGUGGAACUUACUUCUGAGUAGAUAUGUAUUGGAUUGCAGCCUUAGUAGCUUUGUGGUUUGUUUCCUACAACUAUAUACAUCUAGCUUUGUAAUUUGAAAUGGCAUUGUUCAUUAUAUUUGCCCAAACUGACUUUUUUUGUACUGCGAAGUUGCAUAUAUAGAAUCAUCAGAGUUGGAGCAAGCCUUGCAGUCGGUCGUCUCCAGCCUCCUGAUUGAUGCAGGAAAUGCAAAGCUAGCGCAUCCCAAAUCAAUGAUUGUUUAUUGAAUGCAAAGCCUGCUGCAAAGGAAAGCUGCUGCAGCCUUGCAAUACAGGCUGCUUAAACUCCGUUCCUAGUCUGUGGCAGUUGAGAAGCCUAACUGGGGGCAAUGUGAAACCACAGCAAAUUGGGAAGCAUUCCUGUGCAAGCUCAGUGGAAUGAAAUGCAAGCUGUGCAAGAGUUUUGCUUUGGUAAGUUAUAUUCACUUCAGUAGAGGUUGCACAGGAAACGUCCCAGCUCAUUAUGUCCACUGACACCAGGCCUUUUUAGUUUGCCCUAAAUCACAGUUAAACAGAAUAAGGUUACUGAACGACUAACUGUUACCUAGGGAGAAUAUUAUUGAGUUGCUGCCUUAUCUUAAUUGAAAUCUGUUCCCACAAGUAAUAGCUUCAGUUUAUUUUUAUUUAUUAGGGAAUUAUGUCACAGUUCAAUCACUGAUACAAACCUGAACAAGAAAUGUGUUUGUGUACAAUGCAUGUUACUCUCUUGACUGUUUCCUGUUAAAUAUUAUAUUGAGCGGUUGGAGGGAGGUGCCCAGAAUGACAAAACAAAAAGAUAAAAAGUCACAAUUUUAUUCCGUUUAUGCAAUUAAAAUAUGUAAAAAGCCCAACGCGUUUCGGCUAAUCAAAUCUAGCCUUCAUCAUUAUUAUAUUGAGCCUUCACCUGAAAUUUGGUUGUAAUAAUUUAGUUUCACUUUGCUCAUCACACAGGUUACAUGUAAUAUUAAUAACCUGAAACAAAGUGAUAUGAUUUAAUUAAUGGGGUUUGGGGACAGCAUGGCAAAGACGAUGAAAAUGUCUUAAUUGUGCAUCAUAGCAAGGACUACAGUAAAAAGAUCAGGUUUUACGUCUAACACUUUUAUGAUGCUCUAUAUCACACUUGUUGAAAAUAGCUGGGUGCACACUGCUCAACAAAUGCACUAUAAGUGUUCUCUUGUUUUAUUUUUAUAUGUGGUAAAUUUAGCUGAACCUUUUUAUCUUACAGCUCUUCCUUUGCUUAAUAAAGCCUUACAGUAGUAAGGAGUGUAGAA